AAUUCAGAAUUAGGAAUCACUGGCUAAACUGCGCCCCCCUCCGGCAGGAACAGCGCCAGACAUCAAACUGAUGACGUGGUUUGGUCCGUGGAGCAAAGCAGCAGGAUGGCCGACCAGAGCAGGCAAACAAAACUCGCUGCAGCUAAGAAAAAGCUAAAGGAAUUCCAGCAGAAGGGCUCCCCUGCCACAGUGGGUGGAGAUAAAGGUGGUGGCGGUGUUGGUGGGGUAGGGGCCAAGAAGAAGAGGAAGAUGAAGGGUCCGGGCCAACUGGAUGCACCUUCAAGUGAUAGAAACUCUCCAGUUAAUACUAUUGCUGAUGUGGAGCCCAUAUCAGUUCCUCAGCCGCUGGAGGACCCAGGGGGCCAGCCUGAUCGCAGCUCACCUGUGUUUAACUCUGCUGUGCCUAACGUUACUAAUCUCCCUGAGUCUGUCAGUCGCAACGCUGACGUGCAGGACUAUCCCGAUACCAAUGGCAAAGAGAGUUUAACAGAGGAGAAUAGACCGCUGUCUUCCACUGAGAGCCUGCGGCAGCUUUCACAGCAGCUGAACGGCCUGGUCUCUGAGUCAUCCACUGCCUACGUAAAUGGAGACAGUACAUCUGUGCUCAGCGAACGAGAACUUGAGAGCCGGAACCAGGAGCUGGCAGCCGCCCUGGAGUCCAGUACCUUAACAAACUCUCAGCUCAAUUCUCAGCUAGAACAGCUGGCACAGCAAUCUCAGGAGCUCACAAAUCAGCUACAAAAGGAAAGAAAAGAAUUUGAGCAGAGAUGUUCAAAGGAGCAGGGAUCCAUGCGGGAGCAAUUGCAGGUUCACAUCCAGACCAUUGGUAUUUUGGUUUCAGAGAAAUCCGAACUACAAACUGCACUACAGUACACACAACAGGCUGCACGACAGAAGUCAGCUGAGGCAGAGGAAUUGAACAGCCGCCUGCAGUCGACAAGGCAGCGAGUAUCAGAGCUGGAACGAACGCUCUCUUCUGUCUCAGCACAACAGAAACAAUUGGAGAAGCACAACAAAGAGCUUGAGAAGGAGAGAGACGUCCUGAGGCUGGAGGUGUUCAGAGUCAACAACGUGAGCGACGAGUCCAAACAGCAGAGCUCGGAGUUGACAGAAAAGUUGAAACUGAUGACGCAAGGGAACGACGCCAUGAGGCUAGAGAUGGAAGAUCUUCGCAAGAGGCUGGAGUUUUCUGAACUCAUGCUACAACAGUGCUCCAAUCAGUCAGAUCCCAGCAGUGCCAACCAGCAGGUCCAGUUACUGCUGGAGGAGAAACAGCAGCUGGAGGCACAGAGUCAACAGCUGAUGGAGUCCAUCGCCCAGCUGAGUUCAGAGAGAGACUCCUAUGCCGAACAGAUCCAGGACGAAGGUCGCGUUUGGAAGGACAAAACAGAGCAGCUUCUGACACAGGUUUCGUUGGUCGCAGAGGAAAGAGACAAAAACAUCAGUCGAGUCCAGGAAUUGGAGGCUGCCAUCGCAGAGUUAAAGAAUGCUGCAGCAUUACUGUCCCAGCAGAGAGAUUCUCAGAAUAAUGCAGAGCCCGAGUCUUCAGGGCCGUCAGAGAAUGAGGUUGCUCUGCAGGAAAGCCUCGACAGAUUACAGCAGGAGAAAGAAGCCCUUGCUGCACAGUACCAGGCGCAGCUGAGAGACAACGAGCAGCUGAGCCGUCUGGUUACAGAGCAGGAGGCGCGUCUCGGGGAGUUUGAACGGCAGGUGGAGAGCCAAACCCAGGAGGCCGAGGACCGACGGCGCAUGUUGGAGGAUGUUCAAUCGGACAAGGCCACGAUAAGCCGUGCUCUCACCCAGAACCGAACACUGAAGGACCAGCUGGCUGAGCUGCAGAAUGGUUUCGUCAAACUGACAAAUGAAAACAUGGAGCUGACCACUGCCAUCCAGUCAGAGCACCAUGUGAAAAAGGAGAUUGCUCGACGAAUGGGAGAACUGCAGGAGGAACUGCACAACGUGAAGGAACAGUUGGAAUUGAAAAGUCAAGAGAGUCGUAGUCUGCUGGAGCAGAGGGACCAGGUGGUGGCGCACCUGCAGCAGUACAGUGCAGGCUACCAGACCCUGGCCUCAGAGAGAGAACAGCUCCACCUACAGUAUCUGCAUCAGAGUCAGCUCAUGGACCGCCUGCAGCACGACGAAAGCCACGGCCGCACACAGCUGGAGAUGAGUAACAGUCAGCUCAAACAAACGCAGGAUCGUUUGGAGCAGUUAGUUAAAGACAAUGAGCAGCUGAAGACUGAGGUGAGAGAACUUCUCAACAGCUCAGUUCUGUCAUCAUCGAGAGACCGAGGUGAUGGCGUGGAAAGCCAGUGCCUCCAGGAGAGUCCAACGAUGUCCUCCUCCAUAGUUAUACCAGAACACUUUGAGAGCCACAACGAGAUGGAGGAGUUUAUCCGAGGAGCUCUGGCUCAGCUGGAAGCGGAGAGGGACGAGGCCAGAGGUCAACUGGAGGAGGAGCACAGACUCCACAUGGCUGCCCGACUGCAGGUCGCUGCUGCUGUCAGCCUGGAAAAGCAAGACAACAGCUACACGCCAGCUUGUGACCAGCAGCAUGAGCACGAUCACACUCAGGGUCAGCACGGUGACGGUGAACACAGCUACGAGCGAUCAGCUUUUCCAGAAGAAGGAGUGCCAGUGGAAGUUCAUCAGGCCCUACAAACCGCUAUGAAUAAACUCCAGCAGCGUUUCACCAGCCUCAUGCAGGAGAAAGCUGAUCUGAAAGAGAGAGUGGAGGAGCUGGAACACCGCUGCAUCCAGCUGUCUGGAGAGACCGACACCAUAGGGGAGUACAUCGCCUUGUACCAAAGUCAGCGAGCCAUCAUGAAACAGAAACACCAGGAGAAGGAGCAGUACAUCAGCAUGCUGGCUCAGGACAAGGAGGAGAUGAAGGCCAAACUGGCGGAGCUGCAAGAUCUGGUGAUGAGGCUGGUGGCCGAGAGGAACGAGUGGUACAGUCGCUACACUGGAGCUGCAGCAGCAGGCGUCAGCACAGUCAACCCAGACCUGCUUCCUAUGGAGAAUCACACUCCUCUUGAACACCAAACACACACAGACACAGAAGUGAAUGCCAUCAGUGAAGAAGAAGCCAUGGAGGUCAUUCCUCUGUCAGAGCCCACGGAAGCUUCCUCGACCCAGACGCACUCAUCGAGAUCAGCGCCAACCGACUCCAAGCCGCUGGCGCCCAAAGAGGACGGCACAGCCCAGCAGAUCAUGCAGCUGCUGCACGAAAUCCAGAACCCUCACGGAGCCCAACGGAUGCCGCACUUCCUGGGAGAGAACCCCUGCAUUCCCUUCUUCUACAGACCAGACGAGCAGGAUGAGGUCAAGAUCCUCGUGGUGUGAGGUGAUAGAGGCGUGUGAGUGUGAGUGAGUGUGUGUGUGUGUGUGUGAGUGUGUGUGGGUGGGGGCUGUGAUGUUGGACAGACCCGUCACAGGUCUCUGAUCUGCUUGAAUUAAACUGUCGUGUCUUUGUUCUAUCUGUGGGAACGUGUGCAUGGUUGAAAAAGAGUGUUUUCCUAUUUGCUCUUCUCUCUCUCUGUUCUUGUCAGAGAGAAGGUCACAAUAAUCUUAGACAUAAUCUGAUUACUGUCCUGGUAACAUCCUUAUUUCUCAUCUCACUCAUAAGUGCAAUAAAGGAGGCCUGUGUGUGUGUGUGUGUUUUUCCUCUGUGUAUACAGUACUUGGAGAAACACAGCGUCGUGGUUUCCUUUUUUUAAAACUUUUUGUUUUUUUGCACACUUGCCAAAAAAAAGAGAGAGAGCGUCACGUUUGAAUGUAACAACUUGUUUACCUACCUGUGUGUUGGCAGAAAAUGAACGAGGGAGUGAGGGAGUGUGGAAGGACGGAGAGGAAAUGUUGAAGUCAAUAUAGGAGCAUAGUGCACAUAAACCUGUAGUAGGCGCUGUUUUGGAGCCAUGACCUGACGUAUGUGAUCAGAUGGUGGUAGACGGAGGCAGGUGUGGCAGAUUUAUGACAUCCUUCAGUCUCCCUGUUUGUUUGGGUUUUUUUUGUUUUGUUUUUUUUUUGCCCUGCAGACACUGAAAAUUUUCAAACAAUGUAAUGUAAAAAUAUAUCUGGGAAUAUUAGCACGAGAAAACGGAUUUAACAGAGUCAGUGAGACUGAAAAUGAUUGUUUUAGUCGCCGUGUCACUAUUUAAUUUUCCUCUGUUUUUCAUCGCAGAAACAGAAGUAUCAGUUUGUUCCUGUGUUGUAAUUUAUUCUUCAAGUCAUUUGUCAGCAUUUCUGCCAGAUGCCAUUGUGCCCUGUUCAAAAACACAACUGUUAAAAAUUCAAUUACCGUAUUACUUACAAUGCCCCGGCUUAUAUUUUGAUUUUACAGCGCGUGGGUUCAUAAAUACUCCAAUGCAUCUUAUAGUACCUCAUCACUGCACAGAGCAGAGGUGUGCUCAGAGCAGGCGUAAGGAAGCUACACAUCAGCAACAGAAACGUCAAGCCAUAUAUUGCGUAAUCCUAACCCUCCUACAACUCUCUACUGCCCUCUACAGUAUCUACAUGAAUUUGUGUUAUUGGCGUAUGUAUCUGGCUCCUCAGUCCACACGUCCAUCACUUCUGGUUCUGAAAAUUAUCUUUAUUUUCUGCCUCACAGUCUCAGUUCAAUAUCCAAACACUAUAACCUGGAGGCAGUUUUUUUUCUGUUACAUUUUUUAUUUUUUUAUUUUUUUGAGAGUCUACACAUCCAUCACAACUGGACAGUGUGUGAGUGCAGCAUGUGUGUACCUGUUUGUCAGAGUGUAUUGUUAAGAAAGAUUGCACUAAGAAAUGUACAAAGCUUCUCCGUCAGCUCUGUUUCCACCAUUGAUUGGGGGGUGGAGGAGGAGGAGGAGGAGGAGGAGGAGGAACUCUGUGAUGCUUCACUCUUCUGCUGAGGGUUCCAUAUGGAGCGAGAGUUAAUUUAACAGCGUGAACAGUGUGAAAGAGACCAAGGGUGUGUAAAUAUAUGAAUGGAAGGAAAUGUUGAUGCACCAGUGUGGGACCAAUAAAAACUUGAAUACAUUUGAAACUGAAAAUUUAAAACUAUUUUUAACACGUAAAUAACAUUCGAGAUCCAGAGUACAAUCAGUUGGGCAACUGUUACCCCGCUACGGAAGAAACUAGUUCAACCUCUAAACAGUUGAGCUGUAUUGGUUGACUGUGCUUUUCGCCUUCAGCUUAACAUGCUCAAAAUACCGUUACAAGUGCAGUGCAACUUGAACUUCUUCUCUAAAACAUUACAAUAGAUUUGUACUAUUAUUUACCCAAGAUUGAGCUAAUUAGGUUAAUGCCUUCUGGGGAAUCGGCUAAUGUUGCACAGCGUUUGUAAUGAUAUUUUGAGCACUUGCUGGUCUAAAAAUGUUUGGCGUUUAUAACAGCCGGCCGAGAGACCUGAUUUUAAUAGAGCACACACUGUCCCUUUAACCUAGAAACAUCUCACGACCCAUCGUGUUCCAUUUUGUGAGAGAAAAGUCUGUAUGAUUUCAUUACGAGGGAAAUCUUACUUAUUUUUCAAGUCAUUGUUUUUGCAACAGGAUGCGGUCUGAACAGUUGUGCCUGUUCUUUAACAACACCGUACUGGGCCACUGUGUUUACUGUUCUACGUUGAACCACAGCACUUCAUUCAUUCACUACUUAAAUAUUCUUUUUUGCUUUCUAGCAUUCAGUCACUUGUUGUUUUAAUUUAAACUUUGCAAAAAAAAAAGCUUUCUUAUUACUUUGGGCGGUGGUCAAAUGCCAGAAGUAUAAUGUAUAUUCACAUUUAUACACACAGACAUAUAUAUAUAUAUAUAUAAAUAUAUAAUAAAUGAAAUCCUUGCAGUGGUGAUUCGGGGCUCGUAAAGUAAGAACAAAACGAGAGCAGUUUGGCUAAAAUCAGUUCCCAUUCUUUCAGACUUCCUGUUUAGUUUGUUGAUCGUGCUUGAAACAGAUGUCCGUGAGGAGGCAUUAAUCGUAUUUACUGUAAAAGAGGACGUGUACAUACUGUAACUGUGUAACAUAGUGUAUAUUCAUGAGCCUGAUGUGCGUGUGUAUGUGUGUGAAUGGUGGUUGCUGGCAGCGUGGCCUGCGUGUCUGCUCAGAGUCGGGGUGUUGGUGGUUACUGACUGGCUGUGAUUUAAUACAGAGAUUGACUAAUGAUUAAAGAAGAAAAAAAAAUCAAGAAAAUAUAUUUAUUUGAAGUACCUUAGGAUGCGAACUAAUCAGUUUCAAUGUACAAUGAGGAUGAAUUAGGGGUGGAAAUGAAGGAUUGUUCAGACUGAAUUGUCCGAGGGCUGCUUUGAAAAAAAAAAGCUGAUUUCUGAUUUGUUCUUUUCUUUCUUUUGAGUAAUGAUUUCUCCUUUUCUGCUGAAUAAAACUGAUUGAGCAACUCAAA